ACACACACGCACACACACACAUGAGAGAGGGGGAGAGUUGCGGAUCCAAACAGUGAGGACUUGGCAGGCAGACAGAGCAGUGUGUGUGUGCGCGGAGAAGUUGGGGUUUAAAAGUGCAAGUCGUCGGUGCAGUUUCAUUCACACCAGGUUCACCAUCACUAACCAAAUAACUUGGAAAAUAAUCAAGAGAUUUACUCUGUUUUGGCACCAGGUGCGUUGACGCGUGCGCGGACCUGUUGGUUUGACCCUCGAGACGCUCAAAGUUUUGGAUAAACUCUCGCAAACUUUUGCAAGGCAAUGCAGAGAAAGCUGUGUGGACAUGAGUCAGUGAGAGGGUGAUGUGACCCUGCGUAAACUCCAGUGACCACCUCUCUCCGUGUCUCAAACACACGUGAAACAGCAGCGGCGGCAGCAGCAGCAGCGCGUCCAUGUCCAGGGCUCCAGCCAGCAUGACUCUGUCCGGCGGUUUGUCGGAUACUUGUCAGCUCAUUUUACGCGACCGCAUGGAGCCGGAGCUUCUGUGGAAGUAGGUACUUCCAUCCAUGCUUUCUGGGGAAUAGUCGGCUGCAACACGUUGCGAAGCGAACACGAGCUACCGUGCACACUUUGGAGAGAGCUACGAUGCGGGGCACUUUGGGCGCAUUCAUUCAGUCCUGUGUGAUACUACUGGUCCGGGCAGACCAGUGGAGGUUGAAGGACUCCGACAACUGCGAGCUGAACAAGAAACAAACUGACCUAAACUCCUUCCUGUGGACGAUCAAACGGGACCCUCCCUCAUACUUCUACGGUACAAUCCACGUCCCCUACACACGUGUCUGGGACUUCAUCCCUGAAAACUCCAAGCAGGCCUUCCAGGAGAGCAACAUCGUCUACUUUGAGCUGGACCUGACCGACCCUUACACCAUCUCAGCCCUGACCAGCUGCCAGCUGCUUCCUCAGGGUGAGAACCUGCAGGAUGUCUUACCCAGAGACAUCUACCGGAGACUCAAAAGACACCUCGAGUAUGUAAAACUCAUGAUGCCUUCGUGGAUGACCCCGGAUCAGAGAGGGAAGGGGCUCUACGCGGACUACCUCUUCAACGCCAUCGCUGGGAACUGGGAGAGGAAGCGGCCCGUUUGGGUGAUGCUGAUGGUGAAUUCGUUAACCGAGGCAGAUAUUAAGACGCGAGGGGUGCCGGUGCUGGACUUGUACCUGGCCCAGGAGGCGGAGAGGAUGAGGAAGAGGACGGGGGCUGUGGAGAAGGUGGAGGAGCAGUGCCAUCCGCUCAAUGGGCUCAACUUCUCCCAGGUGAGUUUGAAACUGUACUGGGGGGUGCGUAUUUUUGGGGUAUGA